CCCCUCUUUUCUCUCUCUCUCGAUACACAGUUCUUGGUCCCAAUCAGCAGCUAGCUAGCAGCGAAAAAUCCAAAAGAAAAAAAAGAAAUAAUGAAGGUGAUGAUGUUGUCAUUUGGCGACAACAUGGGAUACUGCUAGUUUUGACUGGUUUUUGCCAGUUUAUAUUAACAGACAAACCUCGAUCUUCUCAUCUCCCAAUUCAAAACCCUCAUUCAAACAUUAUAUUAUUAUUAUUGCCUGCCCCUCACUCUCAUUCAAACUAGCUUCUUCUGAACUGAAGCGAGAAGUGAUCGAAGAAGUUAAGAAAAGAAAAAACAUGAUGCGCAGGUGCAGCAGCGGUUGCCAUGGGAACAUGGUGGGGACAUGUUCAUGUGGUCUGUUUCAUCAUCAUCAUCACAGUCAAAGUGGCAAUGGGUCAUCGUCUUCUGCUUUCUCCAUGUUCUUCUCAUCUGCGGCGCCCAGUAAUCACCGGCCGGCGGUUAAUGCUUAUGGGGAUUAUGAAGAUGCCCAGAAUAUGUAUUCUUUUGCUUCUUCUUCGUCUUCUGUGGAUUGUACGCUUUCUUUGGGAACUCCUUCCACUCGUCUCACCACUGAGAACGAGAAGAAAGCUGAUCAUCAUCGCAGCAAGUCCAGCUUUUGCUGGGAUAUCUUCCAGUCCAACAAACAACCGCCUUCAUCCGCCGCCAACCACAAAUCCGGCCGCCCCGCCGCCGCCCCUGACGUCGCUCGCCGCUGUGCUAACUGUGACACCACUUCCACUCCGCUAUGGAGAAACGGUCCCCGUGGCCCAAAGUCACUUUGCAAUGCGUGUGGAAUUCGCUACAAGAAAGAGGAGAGGAGGGCCAGUGCGGCGGCGGCCACCGCAAACGGCGGCGCCCCGGGGAUGGACUCCCAACAGAUGAUGAUAAACAAUCCAUGGGUUCAUCAUCACCAGUACUCACAGGCCCCACAGAAGGUCUCCUGCUACCCUUCAGUAGCCUACGGCAACGAGUUUAGGUUCAUCGAGGAAGACGACCACCGCGAUUCCGACGCCGGCGCCGGCGGCAUUUCCUUCCUGUCCUGGCGCCUCAACGUCGCCGAUCGGCCCAGCUUAGUUCACGACUUUACCAGGUGAAAAAAGAAAAUUACAAAUCAAAUUAAAGCUGCAGCGCAGCCUGCGUGCCGAUCGAAGAAGCAUACAUGGAUAGCUCAUUAUGGGAAUCAUCUUUUUCUCCAGCUGUUUGUUUUAUUCUUUUUGGUCUCUGUGUUUCAUAGAUUGAGUGAAAAUGAGUUAAUUCUAUGUUGUCUGCCUUUUUUUUUUUUUUUUUCUUUUUAGCCGGUCAAGAUCAAGAAGCAAUUAGUUAAGUAGCUUAAUAGGGCUUUAACUUUUCACUUUGAAGAUGAUGAUAAUAUAUAUAAAUAUAUAUAUAUACUCCGUAGUAUAUAUACCAGUUGU